UACUCUUUUUUUUUCUCCUCCCCGAAGAUGACCCCAAAAUCUGCCCCUUCCCGUUCUCGAAUUACCUUCCUCACAAUCUGUAGCGCCUCAUUAUCGUCGGCCUCGCCGCCGGCGACUUGACAGAGCAAGUUUGGCAUCUUCCGACUGAAGUCUUCCCUCUCAUCGGCAAGCGUCGCCGCGCUCCUUUACUGGUACUGGACUGGCGUCGAGUGGAGUAUUGAGUUGAGUUAGCUGAAGAUCGUAUUUCAGAAAUGAGUAAGCUGGCAAACAUGUUCUCGGCUCUACACCUAGAUGCUGAAACUAGUGGAGAAGAUGACAGAGCUGAUGUUGCGCAGGUAUCUUCCAGCGCAGAAGAAACUGCUUGCAGGGAACCUGCUCAGGUUUAUAAUCCCUGCAAGUUUAAUCAGGCCCACACACUGAUUGUAGUCAUUCCAAAGCUUCAAUUUGUCUCAAAUGAUUUCAUUGGAAAUUUCAUUCCCUGCACAGAUAAAACUGAGCAGAAUGACAAAGUCAUAAUAAACUAUGAGGAAGGGACACUUGUCUCGUCAUCUGGUGAUUACAAGAUGCCUUUAGUAUGGAUAGACUUGGAAAUGACUGGUUUGGAUAUUAAGAAAGAUCGGAUUUUGGAGAUUGCUUGUAUCAUAACGGAUGGUAAACUUACAAAACAAAUAGAGGGCCCUGACUUGGUUAUAAGCCAGAGCAAAGAUUGUUUAGAUAAUAUGGAUGAAUGGUGCAAAACUCACCAUUCAGCUAGUGGUUUGACGGAAAGAGUACUGCAGAGUGAACUUUCUGAAUGUGAUGCAGAGGCACAAGUGUUAGAUUUUGUUAGGAGGCAUGUAAGUUCAGGCACUCCACUGUUAGCUGGGAAUUCUGUUUAUGUGGAUUUAUUAUUUCUGAAGAAGUAUAUGCCACAGCUUGCAGCCAUCUUUUCUCAUGUAAUUGUCGACGUGAGCAGUGUAAUGGCUUUAUGCGUCCGAUGGUAUCCCAAAGAAAGGAAGCAAACUCCAAGAAAGCAAAAGGCCCACAGGGCAAUGGAUGAUAUUAAAGAAAGCAUUGCAGAACUAAAGUACUACAAGGACAACAUUUUCAAACCACAGAAAUCUAAGAGGUAGCUGCAUGAGUGAAGUAUGCAGCCGCCUUCUUGUUGAAUAGUUGAAUCGACUGAGCGCCAGAAUUGCAGUCGAAUUUUCAGGUUGAAGGUCUCAUGCCUCUUCGAGUUCAUAUGCAGGGUUCCGUUGAUGUUCUGUACACAUUGUUUAGUGGUUUGGGACUUGCGGCAUAUUCUCGGUGGGAUUUUGAACGCUACUAGAUGAACCUCCUUGUUACUGCAUUAUGUACAUGUACAGAUGUUCGCAAUUACUUGGCUACUCCCUAUGUUAAAUGGCAUGGUGUCAAUGAUUGGCACAUAUGCCGCGCUCAGCGUAGCUUGUGCCCCUGCAAGUGUGUGAUAUCCACUGAAGCAUCCUUCUAAGCAACUUGAGGGGCCAUGCAAUUUCUGCUUCCCUAGAUAAAAAUGCACAGUUUUAUCGAUGUAAUAAUGAAUAUAAGCAUUUCCCGCGAGAUUCAUCUUUAACGAUGCACACAGAUAGUCCCCU